GAAGAAAGAUCAAAGCAGGAAAAUGAUGUGAAGGAGAAUACUGGAGGUGGUGGUGGAGUGGGCCCCAAUGUGUAUGGAGAUGGUGGGCCAGGAGGAGGUGGUUAUGGAGGUGGUGGGCCCGGAAGAGGUGGCUAUGGAGGUGGUGGGCCUGGCGGUGGUGGGCCUGGCGGAGGUGGCUAUGGUGGGGGUGGACCUGGACGUGGUGGGCCCGGAGGAGGUGGCUACGGUUGGGGUGGACCUGGAAGUGGUGGAUAUGGUGGUGGUUGCAGACACGGUUGUUGCUAUGGCGGUUUUGGAGGAGGUUGCUACAGGUGCUGCACUGCUGCUGAGGCAGCUAGCAAAGAGGAGAAUGAAAGCAAACCAUAAGAACAACUGAACAAGGAUAUAUCUAGCUAAAUAUCAAUAGCUAUAUAAUAUAGUAUUAAUUAUAAAUAAGAAACAUAAAGCGGUAGGAAAACUCCAAAGUCAACUUAAUUAACCCCCUAGAACAUGGUACCCCUUGUAGCUUUUCUGAAAGCUCCAGUACUUGUGAAUUUCACUGAGCAAUAAAAAUUUCUCUCAUGCUUAUCUCAAAGCCCAAUUUUCUUUUAAUUAUUUGAGAGCCCCCCCCAAGCCACCGACUUUCCCCCCCUUAAAAACCCGGUGAGAUCUUGAUGAAUUUCUUCUUCUUUUCUUGUUAAAUCACAAGAUUUGGGGCUUAGAAUCUUCCCUCUCAACCCAGAAAAUCCCGGUUCUGCUCUGCUCUUCUCCCCUGUCCGCCGGCUGCUGUGGGUUUGAAUUUCUGGGCAUUUUUCGGUCCGUGAGUUCCCUGCAGCUUGCCGCCGGCUUCUUCUUCCCCUGCCAGGUCCGGUUUUUGCUGGGAAAAUUCUGGUUCUUGAUCGUUCUGUCCAUUUAGCACUGAGAUCGAGUCUUCGGUUUUAUGUGAGUGAGUUAAGUAAAUUAUGGUAAAGUCCUUUGAUUUUAAAGCAUGUUUUAAAUUGUUUUUGAGAUGGUGGCAAGGUUUAAAUUGAUUUUAAAUUGAUUUUAUCAGCGUAUGAGUGUGAUUAAACUGAAAUGAGAAUU